AAAAAAAAAAAAAAAAAAAAAACAUCAAGCCCGUUACUCGGGUUCUCAGCAAGCCCUUAGACACUGGAUUAUCCAACAAAAUCAUGGAGGAAGAGGAAAUCAAGGGAGAGGCACUAGCAUUAAUUUCUCUAGGCCGGCCUUCCAUGGUACAAACUAGCCAGACUCCGAUGCCAAAAAUAUCGCCACAAAUUGAUAGCCAGCAGCCGGAAACUACUACAGAAAUAUCAUCAGCACUCAAUAGCAAUACCAAGGCAUUAAUUAAUCUGAAUGCGCUUUUAGGCCGGGAAUGGAACGGGGCAACUCGAAGUGCAACUAUGAUCAAGCCUUGCACAGAUCAUGAAGAAGUCGGAAGGCUUGUCAGAGACGAUGCGUUACCGACAAUGCUCAAGCUAAUGAUAUUAUGGGUUUUAGCGGUUAGGUCGUGGAUGUCUCCGAGGAAAACUGUUCGAUUGCGUGGAGGGAAUGCUAGCUAGCAACUAGCGAUACGUCGUCAUUUUCGGAUAUUUAACGAAGGAAAGGUCCGAGGAUGUAAAGAGGUAGGGGCAAAUCGUAUAAUGAGAAGCAAUCAUGACAAUGUUAGUUACGAUAUGCCUCAUAAACAUAUAGGUUUUCAUAUGAGUCUAGGUAUUCUACACCGUCAAUGAAUUUUUAAGAUGGGAAAGCCUACUUAACAGUUAAAAGGGGGUAGCUAUCACUUUUAUGGCAGUUAACUACCAGGUAACCUAACCUAAGGUAUUUAGAAAAUCAUUCUCUGCCCCCUUUUUGUGGUUAUUUUUUUUUAAUUCCCCC